GCCCAGACUGCCUCCAAUAUCCAAUAUCAUCCAAUAUCCAAUUCCUUUUUCUCUCUCUCUCGAUUUUCGUUUCCUUUUCUCUUCCUUUCCCUGUUCUUUUCGGCUUCAAAAAAUGCUGGAAAUUAAGGACCCUGCGAUUAAGAUUUUCGGCAAGGAGAUUCAACUUCCGGCCGACUGUGAAGUUCCGUUGAUCGAAAGUGACGAUUCGGAUUCUAGUUCUCAGAAAGAAAAUCGAGAUGAGGCAGUAGAAAAGGAUGUAGGAAAAGCCACUGAGAAUUCAGCUGCAAAAGAAGAAACUCUACAUGAUUCGGAGGAUUCUGCAUGUGUACAAACGGCCAAUGAGGCACACAUGGAUCCUGAAGUGCUAUCAAUGGAUGAGAAUGACAAACCAGAGAAGGAACAAAAUGACGCACCCAACUCAAAAGAGAAAUUGAAGAAGCCAGACAAAAUACUUCCAUGUCCCCGCUGCAAUAGCAUGGAAACCAAGUUUUGUUAUUACAAUAAUUAUAAUGUCAACCAACCACGCCAUUUUUGCAAAGCCUGUCAAAGAUAUUGGACUGAAGGCGGUAAUAGGAGAAAUGUCCCUGUUGGAGCCGGCCGCCGAAAGAACAAGAACUCUGCCUCACAUUACCGUCAUAUUACAAUCUCAGAGGCUCUUCAAGCUGCACAAAUGGAUAUUCCCAAUGGGGUCAACCACCUACCAUCCAAAAGCAAUGGCCGAGUCCUCAAUUUUAGUGUAAACACAUCUGUGUGUGAAUCUAUGGCCACUGUCCUCAAUCCUCCGGAAAUAAAGGUCUUGAAUGGAACUAGGAAUGAAUUUCAUAGACUCGAAGACCAAGGAAUUAAAGCACCUUGUAAGGGUGGGGAAACUGGCGAUGAUUGUUCCAGUGCAUCUUCAGUGACUGUGUCAAGUUCAACGGAGGAAGGAGCUAGGAGGUGCCCUCAAGAACCACAGAUGCAGAACAUCAAUGGUUUCCCUCAAAUCCCAUAUCUUCCCGGUGUUCCUUGGCCUUGUACAUGGAAUGCACCACUACCUCCACCGGCUUUCUACCCUCCUGGAGUUCCUUUAUCAUUCUAUCCUGCGACAUACUGGAGCUGUAGCGUUCCAGGUGCUUGGAAUGUGCCGUGGUUCUCUCCACAUCCCUGUUCUCCAAACUCUGGUCCAAUUUCUCCUAUACUAGGGAAGCAUUCCAGAGACGGUGACAAACUCCAGGCUGAUAAUUCUGGGAGGGAAGAACCUCCAAAACAGAAAAAUGGAUCUGUUUUGGUUCCCAAAACUUUGAGGAUUGAUGAUCCAAAUGAAGCCGCUAAGAGUUCGAUAUGGGAGACACUUGGUAUUAAGAAUGAUUCAACCAAAGCUGUUAAUCUGUCUAAGAUCUUCCAAUCAAAGGGUGGUCAAAAGAAUAGUGUAUCUGAAGUGUUAUCUCCUGUUUUGCAAGCCAACCCUGCAGCGUUCUCAAGAUCUCUUACUUUCCAUGAGCAUUCGUGAAUGGUAUUUUAGUGAUGUAAAAUUUUAGUCCACUUUAUAAGGGGGAAGUUGGAUUUUUUCUCCCUUAAUCUGCCUUAGGGGUCACUUUCCUUCCUCCUCCGUAUAAUUAAUUUUUCAGGUUCAUUGUAAAAACCUCUGUAACUUCAGAAGCUAAAGCAUGAAGUGGAGACAAGCAUCAAUCUCAAGCUUCUUCUGCCCAAGAAGCCAUCCAGUUUUUCAAGAAUCCUGGUAUUGUUGUCUCUAUAGAAAGAGUAGCAGGCAUUGCUUCUUUUUUCUCUUUCUUUUUUUAAUGUCUUGAGUUUGUGGGUUUGCUAGCCAUCCUUUUGCUGUACAUAUCUUUACAUAUGUGAAUAUAGCUGAAGUAGAGUUGCAGCAAAAGUUUCUCAGAUGUAUAAAAAUGCAGUUAAAGUUUGCUUCAAUUUUGAU